AUUGGGCCUAACAGUACGAUAUGUACGAUUAGCGAACGUGGAAAAGGCGUGUGUGUCUUCGACGGAUAUUGGACCUCCCCGUGCGCGCGCUGCUAUGGUGAAUAAAUAGCAGGGACGAUACGCCGGGAGUGAUAUCGCGAGAAAGCGAUAGCGAGUGAAGAGAGAUGGAUAUAUAUAUAGAAAUCCUCUUUGCCAUCGGCGCCGCCGGACUUCUUCGCCCACGUGUUCUGGAAGAUCUUGAAGAACGGCGUCGAUGCGUCUGCGGUGGCAGAGUCGGACACUUUGCUGAGAUAGGCGAGCACGGGGCCGUGGUGGUCGCCGCCGAUGGCGUCCUCGGUGCACCCGCGACUCGCGUGUUGGUGCAUUUCGAUGGUUACUGUGUCGCCUGCUGCGAUUGUGCAUUUCCCUUGGGCUUUUGCGGGGUUUGCGUUGCCUGGAGGAUGUUGUUAGGUGAGUGGGAGAAGGUUUUGUGAGGGGGGGUGGUUGGACUGACAUCGGAUGUCGUUGGAUGCGACGUUCUGGAUUGGGUUGUUGGAAGGGGGAGCGCGAACACAGACAGAGCCGUAGGUC